AUGAGCACAUUUACUACUCCCUUAGUUGACGGCAAUCAGAAAUCCCAUCAUCAAAAGCCUGUGCGCGUGGGCGAUAGAUUGGCUCACAUGGGACAGGCCCUUGAUGACCAUUUAGAAGCCGGAACACUAACACUUGCGGCACUCAAGAAACAGCGAUCUGUAUUGAAAGGGGCACGUUCUCGCGCAUUGGACAUGGCAAGUUCGCUUGGUGUAUCGCAAACUCUUAUUCGAUGGAUCGACCUCAGGGCAAAGCAAGACAGUGUACUAUUUUAUUCUGGGAUUAUCUUUUCCAUUGCGCUUUUGGUGUUCUUGUAUAUUUAUUUCCUGUAA